CGCCACAGAGGGCCUAUCUUCCCAGGCCCCAGCAGAGAAAAUUCCCGCAUUCCACCUCCAUUGGGCCCAUCAAUGGGCCAACGUAUUAGCAGAACGCGGAGCAAAGGCCCAUUUCAAUACACCUCUGGUCUGGUUAAGGAAGAGGGCAACCAAAUGCAAAAUCACUUCGCAUGUUUUUCCGAUCUCAGUUCGUUCUGUUUCUCCUUUCCUGAGUUUGACGAUCAUGGAUUGACCAUCAGAUUCAACCACAACCGUCAGAAGCCGUGAAGCCCCGAUCUCUAGCAAUAGGUAAUCCAAGCGAUUGCACCCUCGCCUCCGUCUCUUCAGCACUGCACGUGAUUCUUUCUCUCGCUUGUGGUUUAUCAGCUCAUGAAUGGAAAGUUUGCCCCAAAUGAUGGUGAGUCUGAAUCCCACUGAGGUGAACAAGUUGGAUGAUCAAGCGAAUACCGAAACGGGUCUACUCGCCCUCACAAAGCGGCCUGGACCCGAGUACAUAAGCAGCAACCCUUGCAAGACCCAGGACCAGGACACAGCUAUGGCCGAGAGAACUUGUGGAGCUGAAACAACUGUGCCGGCACUCGAUCAACCAGGUGAGGCGAAAGUGAUAUCAUCUAAAACAAUGUUGCAUCAAGUUUGUUCUGCAAACAAGUGGAAGCUCCCUGAAUAUGAAUGGCGCUUGGAGCAAGGUCCUGCACACAUGACACUGUUUACCUGCAAGGUCAUUGUCGAGAUUCGGGCUGAAGAAGCCGCAUCCUCUACGUUCCUGGAGUGUUUUAGUAAUCCCAUGCCCCAAAAGAAAGCGGCAACAGAGCAUGCGAGUUCAGGAGCUAUCUGGUAUUUAAAGCAGCUUGGUUACUUCCCCCCUGAGGGAAAGGCUAAGAGUAAGAGAAGGAAGAAUAACCACAAGAAGCCGAAAACAGAGGGAGUGUACGACUCCCACGAGCCAGUGGAAAUCUCAAGUGGGUUUCUUGCUAACUUCUAAAGAUUAAGUAGGCUUCUACCAAAAAAAAAAAAAAAAACAGAAGAAGAUUAAGUAGGCAUGUGUAAACUUGAAGAAUACAAACAAACUGCAAACAUGCAGCGGAAAUCUCCCUGUAUCUCUGGGUCCUGUGCUAUCUAAAUAUGAACAGCGCGAUGUCAUGCUUUGUUAAAAUCUUUGCAUCAUAGAGGAUAAUGAUAUCCGGGUGGUAAAAGUAUAACAAGUGUUACGCAUUUUAUUGGUUAAUUUGGUUUAAUUGGUAAUAAGCCAUUAAGCCAUUUAAUGGCUUAUUACCAAUUAAACCAAAUUAACCAAUAAAAAAAUGGUUAAAGU